AUGACUGGCUCAGAAAAUAGUGUUGAGUCGGAAAGGACGGCACAUCAGAUGUUGAAGGAGGCGAUGGCCAAUAUAGAAAAAAUGAGAUUGGAAAUGAAUGAAAUGCAGCUAGCCAUGGCUAAGGUGCAAAAGGGGCCCGAACCACUCGUCACUCCUACUCCCCCACCAGGACACACGCCGGAAUACCCUUCCCCUGACCCUUCAACAAGCUUCCCAAGCUACCACUACUAUCAGGGGAGAGAUUCCUAUGACCCCCAAGCUCCGCCACCCAAUCAGAACCCUCCACCACCAAAUGUUCCUGUCUUUGUGGAACCUCUCCCAGCCACAUUACAAAGAUCGUCUAGUGAACCACUGUUCCAAGUUCAUGACACCCAAUAUUUUCCUCCUGAACCCACUUUUAAAGCUCCUGAGCCAUACACAUAUACACCCCAAUUUGGGAUCCCAGAGGAAGCUGAGAAACCAGUUAAGAACACAGAACAUAAGGAGCAAGAUGAGAGGAGCUGGUGGCAAAGACGAGCUGCUGAUAGCUUACUUUGGCGAAAGCCUAAGUGGGUCAGCACUGGAAUGAUAUACAAGACAAGAUCCGAGCAG